UGUGUGUGUGUGUGUGUGUGUGUGUGUGUGUGUGUGUGUGUGUGUGUUUGUUGCCAUGGCCACAAGAGUCGGUAAAACCAGGAGCAUCAGUCAGCGACAGAGAGAGAGAGAGAGAGAUAACCUUAAAAAGGCCUGUACAGUCUGGAGUCGUAGAUCAGAGGCAGUGGUGGAUUCAAGGACGACACACACACACACACACACAGAGUUUGUUUUGACAUGACUUCAGCUGCAGUUCAUCCAAUGGAAUUGACUCACAGGAAACAAUACAAAAAAGUAAAGUGCAGUAAAAUAAAAAAAUGAAUGAACUGCAAUUUGUGACAUUUUUCCAUUUUUCUUGUCUUAUGAAUCAAAGCUCUUUGCACGACAGGUCAAAGAGUCAGUAAAUAUCACAACUUUCCCCUCGGACGAGCACGAAAACAUUGUUUUGUUAUAUUUUGACCUUUAAUUCAAAGAAACUCUUUUCUUCUUUCAUGUGUUUUUUUUGUUUAUGUGCAAAUUGAAAAUAUAUAUAUAUUUUUUUUUUAAAGAAGAAAGUGGAUGAAAAUGUGUUGCUUCAUUUUUCAACAAGAAGAAGUUUAAUCUCCCUCCUGUCUGAAGUUGCUCCUGGUCAUUUAGAAAGUGGUUGUUUCUGAGGCAGAUGAUGAGGCUUCAACAGUUGCCUUGAUUGACAGGUGUCCAUCCCAUCGUGACAUCAGCCAGUGGUCGUUUUAAAACCUUGUGUUUAGAAUUUUGACCGGCGCCAUCUUGUUUUUGUUUGUUUUUUUAAAGCUGAAGUGACCAUAUUUGGAGUAGCAGGGGGCGUGGCCUGGACAUUCACCUAUACACCUGCGACCUGCACCUAUUGGACCGGACGGUGCUAGCUACUGUAGUAAUGUGCAAAGUGAACAUCGUGCUGUGUUGAAGAAGACUUGGAACUAGAGAUGGAACCAUAAAAUGUUUUCUGACGUUAUAAAUCACGUGAGAAGUAGAGUCACUUUCUCAUAGAGUCGCCCCCUGCUGGUGAGUACACAGAAGACAGGCUUCAGGCACUAUACUACGUCUAUUUUCAUAUACAGUCUAUGGUCCUAAAAAAAUUUUUUAAAGUUAGCCUGAAGCCAGAAAGAUGAUGUCAUCGUUCUCCUCAGUUGGUCAGUCUGGUUCUAUAUUCAUUCAGAUAAUACACGAAUUUAUGAUUCUGACAAAUUGGGUUGUUUUCAUCCACGCACCAGGCUGAUAUAAAGAAUAAUGUUAUUUAUAAUUCACAAUGUGGAAACUGAAACUAAAUUAAAUAUGUGCGUGUGCUUUAAAUAAAAAAAAAAUAAGUUAUGUAAACAUAAGCAGCAUGAAUCCCUUGAGUCAUGUUUUAAGAAAUUAAUUUGGAGACAUUCUGAAAUACCGUGUUACAUCUUUCUGUAGCAGAGUGAAGAUUCUUCAUCAUCACGCCUGUCCUCCUCCUCCUCCUCCUCCUCUUCAUAUUCUCUCCCCUGUGUGUCUUUUACAUCAUGUUAAAUUAUGGCUGCGGGGCCGUGGACGGGUCCGGACGGAGCCGGAGUCCGACCCGCAGCACGAGGACACGAGCACGAGGACACGGGCACGAGGACACGAGCACGCGGGUCGACGGGUUCCAACAGGGAAAGAAGCUGUGAGCUCAGACCUCUCUCCUCCCUGAACAGGCUCCAUCUCUCUGAGAGCGACUCUCUUCCUCUGACGGACGCUGACGAUCACAGCUGAUCACCGCCCGUCGUCCUUCCUCAUUUCUUCUUCUGCAGCUGCUGCUGAGAGACGUUCACUGUCGCUGUGGCUUUUUCCGAGACUGCCGGACUUAAGGGGUUUUUCCACAGUGUCGUAAACUGUCGGCUGAAGAGCAACGACCGAGUCCAAGAAGAGAAGAAGAACUUUCCUCGCGGCGAGGGGACAGACUUUUCCAGACGCUCCAGGAUUCAGAGGCUGGUGGGACGGGAGGCAGAUUUCAAAAAUUGCCUACCUCCUUCCUCUCCCCUGGACCGCCAUGGGUUCAGACGUGCGCGACCUGAACUCCCUGCUGCCCCCGGUGCCGGCGGGGCCCAGCCCCGGCUGCCCGGCGCUGCCAGUCAGCACGGCCCCCCAGUGGGCCCCCGUCCUGGACUUCCACACCGCCGCCUCCCCUUACUCCUCACUGGCCGCGCCGCACACCUCCCUGGGCUCGCACUCCUUCAUCAAGCAGGAGCCCACGUGGGGGGCCACGGGCGACCCCCACGUGCACGAUGCCGACCCCCACUGCGGCCUGAGCGCCUUCACCGUUCACUUCUCGGGCCAGUUCACGGGCACGGGCGCCUGCAGGUACGGGACGGCGUUCGGGGCGCCGCCGCCGCCGCCGUCCGCCACCCAGCCGCCGCCCGUGGCCGCCGUGGCGGGGCCACACCACCACCAGCCCCCCGGCAGGAUGUUCAGCAACCCGCCGUACCUGACCAACUGCAUGGACACGCAGCAGGCGGCCCGCAACCAGACAGGCUACAGCGCGUUCGACGGCGCCGGCAAUUACGGACACACUCCAACGCACCACGGCUCGCAGUUCUCCAACCACUCGUUCAAACACGAAGACGCUUUGACUCAGCAGAACUCGAUGGUAGGUGAGCAGCAGUAUCCCGUACCCCCUCCGGUUUAUGGAUGCCACACACCGUCAGACAGCUGCACGGGCAGCCAGGCCCUGCUGCUGAGGAACCCUUACAACAGCGGAGACAAUUUAUAUCAAAUGAGCUCUCAGUUGGAGUGUGUCGCAUGGAGCCCUGUCAAUACACUGGCGUCCACCGUGAAGAGCCACGCAACAGGCUACGACAGCGACCCCAACACGCCCAUGGUGUACAGCUGCAGCACGCAGUACCGCAUACACACACACGGAGUCUUCAGGGGCUUACAGGACGUGAGGCGGGUGCCCAGCAUCGCUCCAGCCCUCGUGCGGUCCGAGACCAGCGAGAAGCGUCCGUUCAUGUGCGCCUACCCCGGAUGCAACAAGCGCUACUUCAAGCUGUCUCACCUGCAGAUGCACAGUCGCAAACACACAGGGGAGAAACCCUACCAGUGUGACUUCACAGACUGCGGCCGGAGGUUUUCCCGCUCAGACCAGCUCAAGCGACACCAGAGGAGACACACAGGAGUUAAACCCUUCCAAUGCGAGACGUGUGAGAGAAAGUUCUCUCGGUCUGACCACCUUAAGACACACACCCGGACUCAUACAGGUAAAACAAGUGAGAAGCCGUUCAACUGCCGGUGGCCAAACUGUCAGAAGAAGUUCGCCCGGAGCGACGAGCUGGUGCGACACCACAACAUGCACCAGAGGAACCUCACCAAGCUCCAGCUCGCCAUUUGAGCCCCCCCCCGCCCUCGCGUCCGGCCCCCGCAUUAAGCUUUUUAAACGUCUGGGUUACAUCUUGCGCUUAUACUCUCUGGUGACGCUGUCGUGCACCUGCGAAGACCAGCCUCCGUGAAAAGUCACCAGUAUGUUUUCAGCCGUUAAAUUCCAGUUCCAAAGUCGACACUGAGAAGCAAAAUCGUUGAUUUUCAAAGGAACAACUGGUAGAAUUCUGUAUUUUCCAAACAAAGUUUCCAGCAAAUCCCACCGAAACUAACAAUGUGAGAAGAAUGUGUGUGUCCCUCAGCUCAAUUCAAUAAGACCACAAUCUUGACGGCACGGAAGAGCAUUAGCGCCAGACGUAAGAAAGAAUAAUGAGAUGAGGAAGAUUUUUUUUAUCUUGCAUCUCGGGAAUAAAGUCGAAAUACUAUAUUAUUAAAAUUUGUGUCCCGGAAGCACUUUUCAUCAGCGCCUGACAACCGGACGUUGAUGUUCUGUUAGCCAGUUCGCUAGGCUAACGCUAGCUGCUAACCAAGUUGUAAAGAUAUUAUGAUAGACCGGCUGAAUCUGGGAGAAACGACGCGGUGACGACGGGUGUUUGCACGUGAACGUCGACGUGCGUCCCGACGCGACGACGUUCGAUCGCAAACGACCGUUAAUGAGUUCCGAGAACCGCGCAGUUACCGAAGCUAGCGUAGCUUCGCUAACGCUAGUUAACGUGGACAUGGACGUGUGACAGCUGAACUGGAACCACAACACGGACGGUUAGGGACAUUUCAACUUGAAUCUCGACAUUUCAACUCUAUUUUUAGACAUUUCAACUUUAAUCCGACAUUUCAACUUUAUUUUUAGACA